CACUGAGGGGGUGAGAACACCCCACCCUGUCUGGGGCAGCACCCGCACUCCCGUUCUCCGCUUCCACCUCCGCCCCCGCUUUCCUGUGUCGGUCUCGUCUUUCUGUGUCUCCACAUCUCUCAGGGGUCUCUGUCCUGCGGAGUCUGGACGCCUCUCCGAGUCCCUUUCCCUGUCUCCCUCAGUCUCACUCUUGUCUGUCUCUCUCUGUGUCUGGGUCUGUUCCGGCUUUCUGCCUCUAAGUCCUUGGUUCCUCUCUGCUUUCCUCUUUCGCCAUCUCUGUGUGUUUCCCUCUGUCUCUGUCUCUACUGUCUCAGCUUUCCCCUGUCUCUGUCUCUGUCCAUCUCCGCGUGUAUCUUCCUCAGUCUUCCCUGCUUCUCAUUCCAUCUCCGUCUCUAGGACCUGGUCUCUGUGUCUCUCUCUUUCCUCUCUGCUUCCUCUCCCUGGUUAACUGCCUCCUACACACCUUUGUCUCCGCCCCUGGCAAGGGGAGACCUGGGGGAAGAAGACCCGCCCCGCCCCCUGCCGCCGCCGCAGAGUGGGCUCCCCCAGGAGGCACGGAGUCCCCCAGACUCCUCUCUCUUCCUCAGCCGAGCUCCCCCCAUCCUCCCGGCUGGCAUCCGCCCGUCCCUCCCCUGAGGAUAGAGCUCCUCUGCUCUCCCCUGCCUUAUUUCUGGCAUCCUGAGGCCAGUCCUUCUUGCAGUCUAACCUGUACCCUUUGUAGAGGAGACUGAACCAGUCCUGUCUGCAAUCUAACCCCCCAUUCCUCUGCAUACUGACCGGACCAGUCCCUGCUGCAGUCUAACUUCCAUACCUCUUUUGCCGCUUGUCCGUUUCUUGACUCAUUCAUUCUUUUGACAGUUACUGAGCACCUUUCCUGCUCCAGGCACAGCUCUAGGUACUGGGCCAGGCCAGUCCUUCCUGCAGUCUCGCCUCCAUCAUCUCAUGGUGUGCUAGCCCCAGACCUGUCUCCCAGUCGGGCUGGAGCUCAAAAGCUUCUCCACCGCGCCUUGGGGGCUCUGAGAGGGCCCUUCUGAGUCUAGAGUUCCCAGGCCAAUACAGCCUCUUCUUUUCUGUUGGGAAGGGGGCCCCAGAGAAGGCGGGCGAGAUGAGAGGUGUGGGGCUGAGUCUGUAGCCCACGCUGUGAUGGGGUGAGGUCCCCGAGUGCCCACAUGGGAUUCCAGGUGGGUUAAAACAAGCACCAGCUUAGGAGUCCCACACCUUGAGUUCCAUCUCUUCUCUGCCCCUGACUUGAAGUUGCAUGACUUGGCCAAGCUGUUUGCCCCUCCAGACCUCAGUUUACCCAUCGGCGUACCAUAGCCUGAACACUGAGACUGUGUGUGUCUGUGUGUGAUCCCCAGGCUGGGACACUGUGGGCAGGCGGGAGAGCCUGGCUUACCCCGGAGCAGUAAGCAUGCGUGUUUAGAAGGCCGUGUCCCCACCGAGAGCAGGCGGCGGGCACCCCCUGCGCCCAGGCUGAGCGCAGUCAGGAACCAUCACCCCCCUUACCGAUAUGAGAGACUUGAAGGAGGGGGUCCCACCUGGCCUGCCAGACUGACUGCCCCACCCCGCUCAAGCUUGCAGUCCCACCCUACAGAUGAGGUCUCCGAGGCCCCGAGAGGUGGGUGAGGCAGAACCGGGGCACUCACCGCUGACCCAGCUGGCCACCGGCCCACGAGGGAGGGGAGAGAUGGCCCCAGGAGAUGGUGCCCGCCAUCUGCCCUCCAGAGUCCCACCCUGGCCUCCACCUGAUGCUUUCGCCCCUGGAUUCUAAACCCAGAUUAGGUUUCAGGGCUGCUCAUGGAGCGAGAGAGGCAGAGGCAGGAGCCUCGAGAAGAGGGAACCCAGCUGUCCCCAGUGACAGGGCUCAGACCUCGUGGUGGUUCCUUUAACAGAUAUUUAUCUAGUGCUUUCUCUCCCUGACUCCCUUCUUCCCUAAGGCCCCAGGGAGAGGAAACCAGGUUUUGCAGGAAAAGGCACUAAGCCAGGCUUGAGGACGGAGGCGGGAGGGACAGGUGGUUGGACUUGAGGGAGGACUUCCCAGGCCAUGGCCCUUCCCUGAGAGAGGGAGUGAGAUGCUAUAGAUGAAUUCUUGACUCGCAGGUCGACCUGGUUUCUCCUGAAAGCUGGGGGGAGGGGAGGGAGAGAGAAGAGAGCGUGAGUCUUUGCCUUGGAUCCUGGUGGGUUUGUAAUUAUGCCUAAGUCGUUGCUAAUUAGGGGGCUGCUAAUUAGAUAUAUCAUUAGGGGCCUUGCCGAGGGGGCUAAUUGUGUGGUGGCCCUUUAAGAAUCACCCCGCCCCCUGCCCCCCUACACACACACACACACACACACACACACACACACACACACACGCACACACAUACACUCUUCAGGGAAGUUCUGCCAACAUUUUGCCUCCCUCCCCCAAAGGAGCCAGCUCCCAAUCCGUGAGGACAUGGGUGUAUGUUGGGGGCAGGCUGUGGGUUAGACCGUGAGAAGAACUUUUCAGACAGAAAUGGACGUUACCGGGAGAACUGAGGCUGGUGGCCAGGAGAGGGGUCGGGGAGGGUGGAGGCCCUGAGGACCCCUGCCUUCCUCUCUCAGUUCCAUUUUAUAGGCUACGGGGUUACCAUGACAACACAAGGGUGGAGCAGGGGAGCUGGAAGUCAGGACCACUCUUGGAGAGAGAAACUGGGAGCUGCAGAAUGGGUGCUGGGGGAUGUUGGGCAAGUUAUUUCGCCUCUCUGAGCCCUGGUCUUCUCAUCUGUGAAAUGGCUGGGGACUCCCCAAAGUGGGAUGGUGUCAUUUCAAACAGAGCGACCACGGAAGGUGACAUCUGAGUGGAGAGCUGAAGGAGAAGAGGGAGCGGAUAUGUGGGGAACAGUGUCCCAGGAAGGGGGAACAGCAGAUGCAAAGGCCCUGAAGCAAGAACUUGCCCGAGGAACAGCAAGGAGGUGGUGUAGCUGGGGCCAAGUGAAGGAGGGAGAGAGAGAGAGAGAGAGAGAUGAGGCCAGAGAGGGAAUGAGGGGGCCAGAUUGUGCGAGACCUUAUGAAGCGGGGAGGGGACUUUGGUGUCUGAGUGAGACCAGGGCCAUGGAGGGUUCUGAUCAGAGGGGAGAAUGUGAACUGAUUGGCAUUUUUAAAGGAGACCUAGGUACAGAAAUAGCCACUCGAACCCAGGACCAGAGGCAGGAAGAGAAGUAUUCACCCCACACCCACAGUGUGGGGUCCAAAAGCCCAACCUAGGACCUCAUGUCACAGCUUCUAAGGAAUCCUGCACCUGCCAGAGACCCGAGGAUGCUGGAGACAGAAACCUGCCAGCAUUGCGGGGAAGGAUGACCCUGACCCCCUCCAUGGCUACCCUGGCCUUGGUGGGGUUUGCACUCCUCCUGGGGACUCCCCCAUGCUCAGGGGCAGCCACCCCGACCCCCUCCCUGCCACCUCCCCCAGCCAACGACAGCGAUGCCAGCAGCAUGGGGGGCUGCCAGGGCUCCAACCGCUGCCAGCCAGGGGUCCUGCUGCCCGUUUGGGAGCCCGAUGACCCGUCGCUGGGGGACAAAGCAGCGCGGGCCGUGGUCUACUUUGUGGCCAUGGUCUACAUGUUCCUGGGUGUAUCCAUCAUUGCCGACCGCUUCAUGGCAUCCAUCGAGGUCAUCACGUCCAAGGAGAAAGAGAUCACUAUCACUAAGUCCAACGGCGAGACCAGCGUGGGCACCGUCCGCAUCUGGAAUGAGACUGUGUCCAACCUCACACUCAUGGCCCUGGGCUCCUCAGCCCCUGAGAUCCUGCUGUCUGUUAUUGAGGUCUGCGGCCACAACUUCCAGGCGGGCGAGCUGGGUCCGGGCACCAUCGUGGGCAGCGCCGCCUUCAACAUGUUUGUGGUCAUUGCCGUGUGCAUCUACGUCAUCCCGGCCGGUGAGAGCCGCAAGAUCAAGCACCUGAGGGUCUUCUUCGUCACCGCUUCCUGGAGUAUCUUUGCCUAUGUCUGGCUUUAUCUCAUCCUUGCCGUCUUCUCCCCGGGUGUGGUGCAGGUGUGGGAGGCGCUGCUGACCCUCGUCUUCUUCCCGGUGUGCGUGGUGUUCGCCUGGAUGGCUGACAAGCGGCUACUCUUCUACAAGUACGUGUACAAGCGCUACCGCACCGACCCGCGCAGCGGCAUCAUCAUCGGCGCCGAGGGCGACCCCCCCAAGAGCAUCGAGCUGGACGGCACGUUCUUGGGCGCCGAGGCGCCGGGCGAGGUGGGCGGCCUGGGCCCGGGGCCCGCCGAGGCCCGCGAGCUGGACGCCAGCCGCCGCGAGGUCAUCCAGAUCCUCAAGGACCUCAAGCAGAAGCACCCGGACAAGGACCUGGAGCAGCUGGUGGGCAUUGCCAACUACUACGCGCUGCUGCACCAGCAGAAGAGCCGCGCCUUCUACCGCAUCCAGGCCACGCGGCUUAUGACGGGCGCGGGCAACGUGCUGCGGCGACACGCGGUGGACGCUUCGCGCAGGGCCACCUCGGCCGAGGGCCCCGGCGAGGACGAGGACGACGGCGCCAGCCGCAUCUUCUUUGAGCCCAGCCUCUACCACUGCCUGGAGAACUGUGGCUCCGUGCUGCUGUCCGUCACCUGCCAAGGCGGCGAGGGCAACAGCACCUUCUACGUGGACUACCGCACGGAGGACGGCUCCGCCAAGGCCGGCUCCGACUAUGAGUACAGCGAGGGCACGCUGGUGUUCAAGCCGGGCGAGACACUGAAGGAGCUGCGUAUCGGCAUCAUCGACGACGACAUCUUCGAGGAGGACGAGCACUUCUUCGUGCGGCUGCUGAACCUGCGCGUGGGCGACGCGCAGGGCAUGUUCGAGCCCGACGGCGGCGGGCGGCCCAAGGGGCGGCUGGUGGCGCCUCUGCUGGCCACCGUCACCAUCCUGGACGACGACCACGCGGGCAUCUUCUCCUUCCAGGACCGCCUGCUGCACGUGAGCGAGUGCAUGGGCACCGUGGACGUGCGCGUCGUGCGCAGCUCGGGCGCGCGCGGCACCGUGCGCCUCCCCUACCGCACAGUGGACGGGACGGCGCGCGGCGGCGGCGUGCACUACGAGGACGCGUGCGGCGAGCUCGAGUUCGGCGACGACGAGACCAUGAAAACGCUUCAGGUGAAGAUAGUUGAUGAUGAGGAAUAUGAGAAGAAGGAUAAUUUCUUCAUCGAGCUGGGCCAGCCGCAGUGGCUUAAGCGAGGGAUUUCAGCUCUGCUACUCAGUCAAGGGGAUGGGGACAGGAAACUGACGGCUGAGGAGGAAGAGGCUCGGAGGAUAGCAGAAAUGGGCAAGCCAGUUCUUGGGGAAAACUGUCGACUGGAGGUCAUCAUUGAGGAGUCGUAUGAUUUUAAGAACACAGUGGAUAAACUCAUCAAGAAAACGAACUUGGCUUUGGUGAUUGGGACCCAUUCGUGGAGAGAGCAGUUUUUAGAGGCAAUUACGGUGAGCGCAGGGGACGAGGAGGAGGAGGAGGACGGGUCCCGGGAGGAGCGACUGCCGUCAUGCUUUGACUACGUCAUGCACUUCCUGACGGUGUUCUGGAAGGUUCUGUUCGCCUGCGUGCCCCCUACCGAGUACUGCCACGGCUGGGCCUGCUUCGGUGUCUGCAUCCUGGUCAUCGGGCUGCUCACCGCCCUCAUUGGGGACCUCGCCUCCCACUUUGGCUGCACCGUUGGCCUCAAGGACUCCGUCAACGCUGUCGUCUUCGUGGCCCUGGGCACCUCCAUCCCCGACACGUUCGCCAGCAAGGUGGCGGCGCUGCAGGACCAGUGCGCCGACGCAUCCAUCGGCAACGUGACGGGCUCCAACGCCGUGAACGUGUUCCUGGGCCUGGGCGUGGCCUGGUCGGUGGCCGCCGUGUACUGGGCGGUGCAGGGCCGCCCCUUCGAGGUGCGCACCGGCACGCUGGCUUUCUCCGUCACGCUCUUCACCGUCUUCGCCUUCGUGGGGAUCGCCGUGCUGCUGUACCGGCGCCGGCCGCACAUCGGCGGCGAGCUGGGCGGCCCGCGCGGCCCCAAGCUCGCCACCACCGCGCUCUUCCUGGGCCUCUGGUUCCUCUACAUCCUCUUCGCCAGCCUGGAGGCUUACUGCCACAUCCGGGGCUUCUAG